AUGUAUUCUCAGUCAAUUUCGUUACCUAUUGAAAAUCCAAAAAAGGCCGGUAAUGGCGAUUUUGAUGAGUUUUUCGACGAAGUUAGGCCGUUUCUGGGCUUCUGCUAUGUUCCUUAUGCGUUUCUCAUGAACCCUCAAAUGGCUAGUAGCACCAAAGAUGAAGUUAUGAGCGAGCAAAGUGAUUCUGAACCGAGUUCGUCCGAGCAUACUUCGAUCGAAGAGAGUACAUCGGAGAAACAUGAUUCUGAGCCAAGCACGCCGGGACAAAAUGCAUUCGAGCAGAACGUGCCUGAGGCAAUUGUGGCUUUCAUGGACUAG